AUGCAGGAGGACGCCUACUUGAUGCCGGCAAGUCCUGCCAGUGGUCGUCAGCUCAAUGCAGACUAUCGGCCCAGUGUCCAAAAGACCGUGGGCCAUGUCCCCGCAUGUCUAGUCAAUGCCUCGGUGACGUACUGCAGCAAUGGUCAUGUCUACGCCUUCGGAGGAUUCGAUCAAGAUACCGAUGAAGUCUACAAUCACGUGCUUCGUUUGGACUUGAAUACACUUCGAUGGGACUUGGUAGACAACUACGGCGACAUUCCCGGCGUUCGCAUGGGUCACACUGCGACUUUAUAUCAAGGCAACAAAUUGAUCGUCUUCGGCGGCGAGAAUGAACACCGCGAGUAUCUUUCGGACGUUGUCAUCCUCGAUCUCUUGACAUUCACCUGGACCCUGCCCGAAAUCCAGGGCCUAAUACCUCGUGGACGGGCACGGCAUGCGGCCGUCAUACAUGAUGACAAGCUGUUCAUCGUUGGUGGCAUAGCGGAAGAAAACAAUCUUGUGCUGGACGACCUCACAUAUUUGGAUCUACAGACCUGGACAUGGUCACGAACAUGGAGCUUUGCCCAGCGAUUUGAUCACACGGCAUGGGUCUGGGGCAGUCGUUUAUGGAUUUCUGGUGGACUAGGGCCCAAUAUGGAACGCACGACGGACAUCUGGUGGCUUGACCUAAAGGGAUCUCCUUCCCUCGCCGGAAUCACCUCCUCCCAAGGUACCGUGGACUCCCGAACUAUGCCAAUGCCGGUGGCUCAUUAUCCAGACUCCAUUUCUAGCGCAUCAUCCCAGCAGAUGUCUCCUCGAUCCGGAAUAUAUGCCGCCAACUCCGCCAGUGUACAGGUCCGCAACAUGCGACGUCAGAAACCACUUGCCCCUGGUGCAAUCUCGUGCCACCGAUUCCACUCUGGUCCGCAUGUCCCUGGGCUCUUCUCCGCCACCCAUUUUCAGUCCUUUGCAUCGGGGGUACUUCUGGAUUUGAUCACGCCGUCGGAUAGAGUCCGGUCGCAUGAAUGUAACCUUUCCGCCCUCGAGCUGAACUCGCUGCGGUGGCAGCGACUUGCGGAUGGCCAAGAGCUCUUCCGACCCGGCUACCGGUGGCAUUACUGUACCGUCAACGACACGGGGACGAAAGCGUGGUUAUUAGGCUGUAGUCUCGACCUGGCAAAUACGACCGGAGCAAGUGAUGAGAAUCACAUGAGUGAAGUCCUCUCGAUUGACUUGGAGAAGUACGGCCUGCUUGGCAACGAGCUGUCCACCGAAGCUCCUGAGCCCGAUUCUUCCUGGGGAGGGGACACCGCUGGACUCCAAGUCUCGGGACUGGGGGCUGAUCUCGCUUGUGCUUUUGACCAGAGCCCCGAAUCAGGAAGCGGUGCUGAUUUCAUCAUCACCGCCAUUCGUGACGACCAUGACCUGAUUGAACUUGAAGACGUUGAUUACACACCGUCCGCAUCACCCUCUGACUCUAAACCGACCUUUGUGGAGCCAAGCCCGUACACCUCUGCGCCCAUCCAUGUGCAUAAGAUCAUCCUGCAACUACGAUGGCCACAUUUCAAACGGCUGUACUCUGCGCAAAUGGCGGAAUAUCAUACGAAGCGCAUGCACAUUCCUGAACCCUACUCGGUCGUGCGGGCGUUCUUGUACUAUCUCUACACGGACAGCAUUGCCGGCCACCCCGAGUACUGCGCGAGUGUGAUAGACGUGGCGGGGAUGCUGGUUAUGGCGAAUCUCUACGACAUGCCAAAGCUACGCCUGCUGUGCGUGAAUCGACUGAGUCGCGAACUCGAUGUCGAUAAUGCCGCCAUUGUGUGGGAGCGCGCGGGUCGGACCAAUGAGCACUGGCUGAUGCGCCGAGCCGCAAAGUUUUGUUUGACACAUUGGGGCCGCGUGGUGCGAACCGACGGAUUCAAGUCCCUCAGCCACCAGAGCUUGAUAGAGUUAUGUGAGGUGGUGGAUACAGAAGGUCGUAUCAUCGCGGGGCCGGAGCUGGAGAUGGUGGGUGCCUUCGACAGCGCCUCGAUGGCCGAAUGCAAAGACUCUCAGCGAUCAACCGCCGACGAGUCUGAAGUAGAAGGAGAUGAAGAAGGAAUGGAACUUUCAUGA